CCCGCUUCCGCUCUGUGCAAGGCGCUGGUCGAAGAAGUCACUUAACGGUUGAGGACUCGCCAACAUGGGAGUGCAAAUUGAAAUUAUUACGCCGGGCGACGGACAGACGUUUCCCAAGAAGGGGCAGCGCGUCGUGGUGCACUAUAUCGGAACGCUGGCAGACGGGAAAGUGUUCGACUCUUCGAGGGGCCGAGGGAAGCCGUUCAAGUUCAAGAUCGGCCACAAGGAGGUGAUCCGCGGUUGGGAGGAAGGAGUUGCGCAGAUGAGCGUAGGUCAGCGGGCUAAGCUGGUCUGCUCACCGGACUACGCGUACGGCAGCAAGGGCCACCCGGGCAUCAUCCCCCCGAAUGCUACGCUUACCUUUGACGUGGAGCUGCUGGGUCUGGAGGCCUGAAGCUUCCUCACUGCUUUGCUUCAUUCCACUUAACUCGCCAGGGUCAAAUCCUAUCCUGGGAACAUGGAGGAAAAUCCAGAUGACUCCUGCAUAGGACCUAUGUCUAUACCUUUCACUAGUCCACUCUUCUUUACAUUUGCAUAAGACUUCAUUUUAGGUUUUAUCUCCUUCUCAGUCAUAGCUCAUCGCAUCCUAUGUAUUUUCAUGUUUUUGUUUUUAAUGACCUUUUGACUAUUUACAUUUUUUUUUUUUUGUACAAGUACUGAAUCAGUCUCAUUCCUUGAGGCUCUGCGGCCUUUUCCGAAACAAUAGUCUUGAUUGCGGAUAAUGCGUUUUCAUCAAAAGGAAGUCAUGAAUUGUUCUGAUGUGGAGCCAUUUCCAUGAAUGGCUGUGGCGAUUACCUAUUGGAUGACAUUACACACGGAUGUCUCAUCACUUGGAGUUAUUGAAUCAAGCACACGGAGGUGCCGCCAGGUCUCCGCAGUUGUUGGCAGCAACACUUAUUUAUGAGCGCCAUGUGAUUUUAGCGCUCAGACAGUCACAGCUGGACACUUUUUGUCUUGAUGGUUGCUUGUGGAAAAAAAUAAAAAAUAAAUUGUGGGGAAAAUGUA